AAAGUCACAUGGCCUGGAUAGAGGCUUGAGGAUAGCGAUGCCUCAUCAUCAGCCACCAACCACGAGAUCACAGGGAAGAGGAGAAACAGGGGGGAAUUCAGCAAAGAGGAUUUCCAAAGCAACCCGCCCAUCCCUCUGUCUCUUCCCAUCUUCCUUUCUGCACUGAAUGUUGUGCUCAGUAACUCUUUUGUUCGCAACAUUGCUACAUGCCUGAGUGGAGACAGUACCCAGUAGCACCUACUUUAUGUCAAGACAGAGAGUGUUUGCUUCUUAAAUGCCAGGACUGAGGAGGGUUGGAGGCGAGUACAAAAUGAUUUGUCAGUAACUGGGCUUUUAUCGUGGGCUGAAACUUGAGAGCUGUGUGUGGCUACCUGAGCUGCAGAGGGAUGACUCUCCGCAGGCCAGCUGCCCACCUAAGGAGGGCUCCAGGCUGGAGGAGAUCAGGAGAUGAGUCCUACUGGGAGAGCUUAGUAUCAGAGGGGGAGCUUUUACCCAGCGCUCCUCGCCCUCAACGUCCAACUCGGCCCCAAAGCGCCAUCGAAGGAGGCCAACUGGACAGCUGGCUGGAGCAUCUGCAGACAAUGCAGAGCAAACUUAGAACCCCAACUUAUAAUCAAGCACCAGCUUUCAGUGAUCGGACAGCAUCCAUGCCUGUUCUUGAUAGGGAGCCGAGCAGACUUUCCUGGAGACAGAAGGGAUUUCCCUCCUUCAGCAGGGGUUCUUCUUCAUGUGGGAGUUCAAGCCUUUGUGGGAGUUCACAGGGCAGCCAAGAGUCCCUCCAAACUGGGUUUUUUCCCCCUCCGGAGCGCAGAGGAAGCCGGGAGAGAGCUCACAUCUCGCAGGCCCCACAGAAGGAACAAGCUGAACUCAGUUAUCUUGCUCCAGUCAAAAUUGGUUGGCUACCAGUCCAGAGGAGAGUGAUGGUGGCUGAUGCCUGCAAUCAAAACCAGUUUUUGGACCACACUGCUGGCCACGUUAAACUGAAACAACCCAUCACUCCAACAUUUCAGAAGAACAAAACAACACCAAAGACACAAGACGGAGAGGUGGAGAGAAGUCACACCGGUCCUGGUGUUUUGGGUGUGAAGACGUGGCAGGCACCUGAUCAAGGCUCUCGCAUUAUUAAACAGGUUCCAGAAAAACCGAGCUUUCCCUCUAAUGAAGGGGACAGACCUGUGGGCUGGCAAGCUCUGCGGAGAGGCUGGAAUAUCAACAGGGUGUCAACUUUCCCUGGAGGCAGUAAGUCCAAAGAGCUCCCCACAGGGACCAACUCAGACCCCAACGGGAAGUCCCCUCUGAUGAAAACAACCAGCAUAGAGCCCCCGAAGCAUUCUCCUCCACAUCACACAACUUCUGCUGAUCCCUACAGACCACACACUCCACUACAAGGCACAAACACCAACGAAACAUACAAGUCACACACUCCUUUGCAAAGGACGAGCGGCGUUCAGCCCAUAAAGGCAACAACCCCGCUGUGUGGAACAAACAGAAGCACACAGCCUUCACACAUACAGACGAGCUCCGCUGUGACUACGCUCAUCCCUCAGAACAAAGCUGGCUUCUCCUCCAUCACCAUCUCCUCCAGGAAAGUGAGCAGAUCAACCAGUCUGCCUGGCUCCAACAACUGUAGUCUACCUAGUUCCAACAUGGAUCCAAACUCCAGGCAGGUAACAGUGCAAAGGAAAGCCACUAUAGUCAAAGUUACAGAGAAAAGGGUGAUGUCCAGUCCUGUCCCAAGCACAGAAAUGACAGGGACUCCACCGACUAGCCACGGUUUGGACACUGUGGUCCACAGAAGAAAGGCCACCAUUAUCAAAGUGACAGAGCACAGGGAAAGCUACGGUCCAACUAAAGGAGGCUCCAGGCACCCAGAGUAUAGACACAGCUACACUGAGGGGCUGUAUAAGGACAACAGCACAUGGAAUCAGGGAAACCAUGAACAAAACAACACAGCAGCUUCCUAUAGCCAUCCGAAUUCCAAAGCAAACUCAGCCGCAGCACCAAACACAUUCACUUCAGAUCCAGGGAAAAACGGUGCACUGCACAGAUCCACGCUGAGUCUUUUUGUGAGCAACCCCCCUGCCAUAGCAGCGCCCGUUUCCUCAGAGGCUUCUCCAAAGGCUGUUGGACGGAGAUCGGACAGGCCGAGCAGACCACUGAGCUGCUAUGGCAGUGUGAUUGGACACACUGAGCCAAGCAAGGAGAAUGUGACACAACCGGCUGCCAGGAAAUGGAGCUUUGGGCUACCACAAGAGACCACUAUCAACCCUGUGAACUCCGACAGUAGCUUCAUCAGCCCUGGAAAAGCAGUGAAAGAAGCAGGUCAGCCAGUGGCAGACACCCUUAAAUCAAACGGCGGCGAAAAGGAAGGAUUGCCACCACCAGAGAAUGCGAUGAGGAGAGCGUCCCCCAGUCUAACUCUCAUCAAGGCCCCGGAUCCCCAUCAGUCUCCAGAGGAAGUGCUUGCCCUGAAUGCAGCUGCAAUCAUAGCAAAUAUCAAACUCCAAAGACAACUUAGUAAGAAGAAAACACCAAACGGAGACUCAGAGAAGGACUCAUCACCUCAAGAUAAUACUGUGACGGAUGAAGAGAAAUGCUUGCAUGUAUCCAAUGAAAGCCAAGUCGGGCUCCUCAGCCGGCCUCAUGCUGCAUUUGUUCCGCUGAAUCCUGAUCUUGAAAGGUCAGCUGGAACUGUUUCUCUUCAGCAAGCACUGCUGAGGUCCAAGCCGGACUUCAUCAGCCGUUCCCAGGGACGAGUGCGAGAGCUGGAGCGAAGGGCACAGGAGAGGAGGGAGCUGUCAGAAUCAAAGUUGGAUGCCGCAGUCAGGCAGGGGAGAACCCACAACAGCACCUGGACCACCUCUGUGAACGGUGACCUUUUCAGACUCAAAGACAAAGCCAUUACUGGGAAAGAGAUGCAGCCCAGAUCCAAGCGCCCUUUUGCGGAGGUGAAGAAGAAAAAGGACGAAGAGAAGAAGAAGGAGACAUGUUUAAGCAACAGGCAACGAGUAGAGCUUUUCAAAAAGAAACUGUUGGAUCAAGUUCUUCAAAGGAGCAGCAACUAAACGACCGAACAAAGAUGAAGAUGAUCACAUAGCAGACGGAUGAAGUGAAUUUUGCCCUUUGACAUUCUUGAAUAUGAAUCAAAAACAAAAAGCUCAUGAUAUAACUCUGCCGUCCUUCAGGUCCAGUUUGUUUCUCUCACGUUACAUUCAAGUUAUAUAGCUUCACAUCUGUUUUUCUAGGGGUUAAAUCUGUAGUGAAACCCAGAAGGUCGCUUAACAUACCGCUGAUUUGAGGGGUUUUCCGGAACUUUCAAGACUCUUUCUGCUUGUCUGGAUAAAAAAAUAUACAACCUUGUGCACAAAAAAAAGAACUUUUAACCUGGUUCUCUUAGUGCAACUUUACUGUAUUUCCAAAUGCAACACAAUAUGGUAAGCAAAUGUGGGCUAACUUUGUGCUCCAUAAAUAUAUCAUACAUAAUCUGAUUGUUUUGCCUUUGAGUUAUCUUAAUGUCUUGCAAAAGUCUGGCAAAAAGAUACAGAAGGGUGAUAAAGUGGAGGAAGAACCAGCAAAAGUGUGUCAGUGAGGGGUUAGCCCACCCUGUGCUGCCAGGACAACGUCAAUGUGCCUUCGUAUUGAUUUUACAACUCUCUAAAACUCUACUGGAGGGAUGGAGCACCAUUUGUAUUGAUUUCCAGUGACCCUUCGCUCUAAGGGACAAGCAGACCCAAGCGAUGCCAGCACAAUACCCUCCACAGCAUGACAGAGCCACCAGCCCGCCUGAAGGUUUAGAUUUUUCCUUUGUCAUCGGUCAAUCUUGUUUUGCUGCAAAAAAAGGAGUAACAGUUUGAGAUAGGAUCAAUGGUUUUAAAAAGCGGCCAGUGGACAGAAUGUAUUAGAUGUACUUGGGAAGCAGAGUCCUUAUUGGAUCUGGAAAUAUCUUCAAAACGGCGUUAAGCGCUGUUGAAUGACCUUCUGGGGUUUUUUGAAAGAUUGACUUAGAUUCGUCUUCAGAGAAAAACAGAUGUUUCUGUCACUUGGUCGUCUCAGCCACUCUUGCAGUGUGCAAUUACAAGCGAAGGAUGCCAAAAAGAUUGCAUGAAAUCACGUCUGAGCAUUCCGCUGCGGUUUGAAUGAUAUAUCACGCUGACUGAUAUCCUUUUGAUGCACCUUCUAAACCCAGUAAUGCGUGCAGUUUAUCAAUGUUAUCUCGUUUUCGCUUGAUUGCAGAUUGCCUUUUCUUUCCAGAAUACUUGGUGUAAUGGGAUGCAGAGGAGCCUCUCGCUGCAUGAUGAAGUGCUCACACAACCACUUUCACAUGAUCUCAUGUGAUGUGAAGCAGCUAUAAGACGGAAUCAUUCAUUCUGCUUCACGGUCCCGUCCAGGACAGUCUUCCAGCGCGUCAUCCUCAUUAUACAUCCAAUAAGCAGAAAGAAUCCUGGAGUGGGCCCUGCCAUCGCUCAGUGCCAGCUAUUAGCUUGUAAGACGGAGGAAUGUGACCUCUUCUCACUGGAAGCUCGCUGUUAACGGACAGUGCUGCUGAAUGGAGCCUUUGUUUUGCCUUUGUUUCAUCAUGGACCGGGCCUUUGCCGUUGCAGAUUUAGAUUCGUGCGUUUUGAUCCAAAGCGAAUUCACUUGGAGGGAGGGAGGGAGGGAGGGAGGGAGAGGUUGCUGCUCGGUUAUAUGAGGGAGGAAUCAAAAGAGAUGCGUUGCUUGUUUUUGGGGGUAACAGACAACAUGGCAGCAGCUCUUUUCAUUCCUCCUAAUUGUUAUUUUACUCAUUAGCCUUUAAGUUUGAGUUCUCUCACAGUCCAGCUGUUUCAUCCAUCUUCAUUUUCACUCAUGUCUCGUGGAAAACAGAUGGUUGCGACUAUUUUUGUAAUCCUCUUUUCAUGGCAGUGCAAUUACAUGUGUGGGUGUGUUUGGACAGUAGGGGUGUAUUAAUAACAGCAUCCGUGGUUCAUUACAAUAAAGUAGAAUAGGACACUUAUGAAGCAUGGAUGCUGUUGGAAGAGUGUCUUUUUGUUGUCUGUGUGUGGGUUUUUUUUUCUAUUUAAAGCUGUUUCUAUGCAUUGGUCAAACCACCAGCAUCGUUGUACUGUGCAGUGGCCUAAAACACCAAACAUAUGAACUCUUUAUACUUCAGCGAUUUGAUAUUUGAAUAUAAAAUAUGGAUUUUAUAUCUGAA